CUUUCUUCUCGCUAAGCUCGAUCCAACAUUUUUAAUGAAGAUUAUACCAAUUCAUGUAUUAGAAGAUAAUUACUCUUACAUUUUGAUUGAUGAAAAAACAAAGGAAGCAGCUGUUAUUGAUCCUGUUGAACCUAUCAAGAUUUUAAAUGUCAUCAGUCAAACAGGCGCAAAAUUGUCAAGCGUAUUCACAACACAUCAUCAUUGGGAUCACGCAGGUGGAAACAUUGAUCUUGUUGCUAAAAAACCCGGUUUGGCUGUCUACGGGGCUGAUGCUCGUAUUCCAGAAAUUAACUAUGUCUGCAAAGAUCAUGAAGAAUUCAAGCUAGGUUCUUUAGAUAUCACUCCUCUACAUACACCAUGUCAUACAAAGGGCCAUGUCUGUUAUUAUGUAUCUGACCCAAACACAGGUGAAAAGGCAGUCUUUACAGGCGAUACCUUGUUUGUCGGCGGUGUAGGCAAUUUUUUUGAAGGAGAUGCUAGAGAUAUGUACAGAAUAUUGUUUCACGUCAUCAUGAAGUUACCUGAUGAGACCUGGGUUUAUUGUGGGCAUGAAUAUACAAGAGCGAAUCUAAAGUUUGCCUUGAGUGUCGAACCUCAUAAUGAAGCGCUUGUUGCAAAAUGGAAUUGGAUUCAAGAUAAACUGAUUACGGUGCCAUCGACAAUAGGACAAGAGAAACUAUUUAACCCUUAUUUAAGAGUGAACGAACAAUCACUACAAGUUAUGGCUGGAAAAUCAGAUCCAGUAGAAGUACUACAUACAUUAAGAGAAAUGCAAAACAAUUUUCAUCAAUAAUAAAGCCU